AUGGCUCGCCCAACUCUACACCACACAGUGGUCAAGAGGCAAAUUGCUGCCAGAGAAAAGCGGUGUCGAUAUUAUGAAAACUGGGUACUAAAUGGCUACAGGCACUGCGAGCGCAUCAAUUUGAAAAGGCAUCAACUAACUAGUAGUUCAAGCUCAACACUAUCGGAAUGUCUGGCGCUGGUCAAAACUACCAAGGAUGAGACAGUGCAAUUUGUUAAAACUCUCUCGGCCCCUGACACCACUGUUGAAACCACAGGCCGCAGUGAUAUUACCAUCAUUGAGAAAGCCAUAGAGAAGCUCGAAGACUUCAGUGACAAUGCUCACCGAGGGCUUGACUGGAUCUAUGAAAGGUGUGGUAUCUGUGAUGAGUGGCAUGCAGUGGAUGAGUCGAUGAGCAUACUAGCUAUAUUGAACGCGACCAAAAUUCAGCUCAAAGAUGGCACCCCGUACAUGGCUGACCCCAGAACAACAAGCCUUCAUCGUGAUGUUCCACAACGAGUACCUCAAAUGCAAAAAAAAGGGAAUUAUGCUAACUUCUGGCUGCCCUUCUUUGAAAAAUGGGAAGAGAAGUGGCCUACAAGGGAUUCCUUGUUUCCAGAUGCCUCUCUGGAUCAGCUUACUGAUGCACAGUUGGAGAAGGAGGCAGAAGCCAGGAAACGCUUAACUGCCAAAUUGCGUAAUGACUUGGGUAAUUUGAAGGCUGGCCGUAAGGCAAAUGCAUCAGGCAACUCAGUUGUUCACAAGCUUAUUAGCAAAAUCAUCAAAGCCUCACCCACCAGCCGAACACGUCAUCUCAAACCAGAGGAAGUCUAUGCUAAAAAGUACUAUGCUUCUCGGGUUCAGCCUGGAGUGAAAGCAGAGCUAAGUAGCCUGCAAGAAGAACUUAAUCCCCCCAAUGAUCGCAAGAACAGGAAUCUUACCAAUGAGUCUGCCAAGGUGAAGGAAGAGAUAUCCCAACUUGCAAGAGAUAUGAAGGAAGCAAGGGGACUAGAGGAUGAGAAAGAUCACUCACCGGAGGUGACAGAUGCUCAAUUACUUACGGAAAUUUUGUCAACAUUCUUCAGCAAGCUUCAUGACACUACAGGGUGGACUUUCAGUGUUCUGCUUGGUGGUCCAAACCCAGCGAAUGGAGGCAAACUUGAUAUUAGCAGCUUGCACAUAGGAUCAACGACACUUGGUAAUCCCUUCAAUCAGGUGUUCCCGAAGUUUGAUGAAAAUGUAAUGGUACCGUACUUUGAGUUUGUGUCUCGUGCAUUUUCGGAUGCUGGGACAGACAAUGUUUCAAAUGAAACAUCUUCCCAGAGUAUCCUUGAGGAUGACACUCUGCUCCGCAUUUCCGCCGCUCCUGACGAUAUUCCUGGAACAGACCCAGAAAACAAGAUGCAAGUUUUUUUGGAAAUCUCCCUCCUGGUCCUCAAGAUGAUGGUAUCGACGACAAGUUCAAUACCCCCAUCCUUACCAUGCCAGAUGGGUACACCCCCUCCUGCCCUCCGCCUCACGUCCUCUCUCCAGAUGGGUACACCCCCUCCUGCCCUCCACCUCAUGUCGUCUCUCCAGCGCCUCCGGUUGUGGCUCUUUCUGCAAUAG